UGGAUUGUGGCGCUGGUGCCGCCGCCCCCGCCGCCCCCAGGCUGAGGCAGGCAGGCGCCUUGGCACCUCCCGGAGCCGCCCGAGGAUGCCCCGCGGUUUCCUGGUGAAGAGGAGCCGCAGACCCACGCCCAUCUCCUACAGGACCCGCUGCUGCUGCCCGGCGUCGGCGGCUGCCGAGGGAGGCGACCCGGCGCAGCUCUUGGUGCCCCCGCCGAUCCCCGCUCCGCUCUCGGGCUCGGCCUUGGCCUCGCAACCCGCCGAGGCGCCUCUUUUGCUUGCGCCCGCGGCGCCGCACUUCGGCACGCCCGACGGCCCCUCAUCCCCGGCGCCCCUGCACAGCCCCGCGCGGGCCGUCAGCGAGGAGAGGAGCCUGCACCUGGGCUCGCCGGUCUCGGCCGAGUCCUUUCCGGCGCCGGAGCCUCUGCUCUUGGGCCCGGGGGCAGAGAUCAAGCUCUGGGCGGUCGCGGCCAUCGCCGCCGGCCCGCCGCCGCCGCCGCCUUCCCCGGCUCCUGCGGUCGCCCAGCAGCGCAGCCAUGGGCCGAGCCCGAGCGCGUCCAAGCGGCCUCAGGGCCGGAAGGCUAAGACGGCCCGCAAGCUGCACUUCGAGGAUGAGGUGACGACGUCGCCGGUGUUGGGGCUGCGCAUCAAAGAGGGCCCCCCCGAGCCCGCCUCGACGGCUCCUCAGCAGCAGCAGCACCAGGCGGGCGCCGGUGGAGGAUCCCGCGCUAGCGGCGCGCAGCCGCUGGGCGAGUUCAUCUGCCAGCUGUGCAAGGAGCGCUAUCCAGACCCGCUGGCCCUGGCGCAGCACAAGUGCUCGCGCAUCGUGCGCGUCGAGUACCGCUGCCCGGAGUGCGACAAGCUCUUCAGCUGCCCGGCCAACCUGGCCUCGCACCGCCGCUGGCACAAACCACGGCCUCCCAGCGCCCCCGCCGCCGCCAAGGCCAAGGCCGCGGCCGACGAGCCACCCGCCAAGGGAGGAAGCGGCAGCGGCAGCGAGAGGGACACGCCGAGUCCCGGCAGCGGCGGCGGAGGGAGCAGCGGAGGAGAGCCCGACGCUGGCGCCGAGGAGUUCGCGUGCCCACGCUGUGCCAAGCGCUUCCGCCGCCAGAGCGCCCUGCGCAAGCACCUGCCCCUCCACCACGAGCCACUCGACGGGCUGCCCUCGGCGCGGGAGGCCCCGGACGCCUGCCCCGAGGAGGCGGGCGCCCGCCACAGUCCUCUGAGCUUGCCCGGGGAGUGCCACCCGUGCCCCGUGUGCGGCGAGACCUUCACUGGCAAGAGCGCCCAGGAGCGCCACCUGCGCCUGCUCCACGCCGCCCAGGCCUUUCCCUGCAAGUACUGCCCGGCCACCUUCUAUAGCUCGCCGGGUCUGACCCGCCACAUCAACAAGUGCCACCCGUCGGAGAACCGCCAGGUCAUCUUGCUCCAGGUGCCCGUGCGCCCGGCCUGCUAGAGGGAGCCCAGCCGUGCCUUCCCCUGCAGCACCGUCGCCGCCCAGCCCAGGAGGCGGCUGCAGGGCAACCGCGGGACUUCGACGCCAGCCACGGGGUCAGCGCGCACCGCCACCGGCCCUUUGCCGAUGCCGACGUCUCGUGGAACCAUCGGCCUUUUUGCCCCGGAACAUCUCUCCGAUGGUGUUUCAGGCUUCUCUUUGCCGCCCUCCUUUUCUUACGCUCCCCUGGAGCGCUGUCUCUGGAGCAGCUCCCUCCUCUACCCCCCGCUACUGCACUCGCGGGGGCUGCUCCAGGGGCCAGAGUUUCAGGGGUGGCUUAAACUUAAGAUUCCCCUUUUCUCUCUUCCCCCUACCCGAAGUCAAUCUUGAGAAAUGAUGAUGGAUGCCUUUACACUUCACAGGCUGUGAACUGAACCUUUUCCCCACUUGAUUAGCUUUAUUAUGGCUUGUGAACCGCUGGGAUCUGGCUUUACCUUUUCGCUGUGUGUUUUCUUCUCUUUUUUUAAAUUUUCGAUGUGAACAAAAUCAAUCUGCUUAAAGAUAUAACUUUGGUUAGUAUAGCCACAAAUGCCUUGACUUUAAUCGUUGUUUGUCUCCAAAAAAUGUUGUAGAAGCUGCCUUAAUACAAUGACAUGCCAACCUUUUUAUGUUUGUUCCUUUUCGAAGUAGAUCUAUAUGUUGACGCUUAUCUGUAUAUGUUGAUUUAUGCGUAAUUGUUAUUUAUUCGUUAUUUAUUAUUAAUUAUGGUGUUUAUUUCUGAUGUGCUUUGCCUCUCUCCCACCACCUCCUCCAAUUCGCCCCCUCCUGCCAUUUCACUGUGCAUUUUAAAGUCUUUUUUAAAGGGAUCUGUUGAAAAGGGUUUAAUUUUUAUACCUAGAAUAAACAUACAACUGUAACCCUUCUCUUCUUGCUUCGAGGGCUCGCGGAUACUCAGCUUCCUUUUAGAUGCAAUCUCUUUUCUACACAAUUAUUUUCUUAACUGUUAGCUAUUUAUAGAAUGCUUCAAUAGAACUGUUUUAAUUGUCUAAUUAUUUACUAUUCAAAUAAAAGUAUUUUCAAAUUCAGA